AUAUAGACCUGAAGAUAACCAACUUCAGCAGGCAACAAUCUUUCUUCUUCCUUGACAGUUCUGAAGCUUCUAGGCAGUACUUCGAGAGAGAAAAGCACAACAACUUCCCAUUGGAGAUGGCAACCAAACUUCAAGAUCACGUAAUGGGAAUUCCAGUCAUUGCCGCGACAUACACAGUUCGGAAGUCGUCAAGAGCCAUUUCAUCCAAGCCGUACAACCAUAGUCAAUCGCAAGUGCGUUCUCCAGCAAGUGUGUCUUCCAAGCGUAAUUCAGUGCUGAAAAGAAUGAACAAGUUAGGGAAGAAAGCUGACGUUUUUGCGCACGGCAUCCGAGAGCAUGUGAGAUUAAGUCCAAAGAUCUCUGAAACUGUGAAGGGGAAGCUGAGUUUGGGGGCGAGAAUUCUCCAAGUAGGGGGGAUGGAGAAAGUUUUCAGGCAUCUGUUUAGUGUCAGAGAAGGGGAGAGACUCACAAAGGCUUCUCAGUGUUAUCUAUCAACGACAGCAGGUCCUAUAGCAGGCCUGCUCUUCAUCUCAACGGAAAAAGUCGCCUUCUGCAGCGAGAGGUCGAUAAAAUUGCCGUCCCCGAAUGGUGAAUCUGUCCGAAUCCGUUACAAGGUGUCGAUCCCACUUUCCAAGAUAGAGGAAGCAAACCAAAGUGAAAACGUAGAGAGGCCGUCAGAGAAGUACAUACAGAUAGUCACGGUGGACAAUUUUGAUUUCUGGUUCAUGGGUUUCUUAAAUCAUCAGAAGACAUUCAAGCACCUUCAACAGGCAAUCUCUAAAGCAUAACAAGUACCGCAAGUUCGGUCACUCAUAAUUGACAAAAGAGCUGCUCACUCAACGGCCCACCGCGACAAUUUUAUCACUUGAAUUAUGGAAACUACACAAUUGUCGAAAUUGUAUAGAAUUUUGCCAGUAAUGCAGUGCUGCUAAACUUCGAGUUAAUCUGAAUCUUGCUUUCCCAGCAACAAAUUAACUCCAGCUUAUGAAUCUCUCGACUUGCUCAUCACAAGCCUGAUUUCAUGAUUUGAGACAUGUUCAUCCUUUUAACUGAAGAAAACUAUCCAUGAGGACA